UCUACAUAUAUAGAACGUGACAUCCUUAUUCCCACUCCAUCGAAACGUACUCGUCUUUCCUCAUUAAUAUUUCCUCUUUUUAGUAGUCGAACAAGUUGAGAUCAUAUGGGUUUCGAUUUUGAAGAGAGGAAAACUUUAUUGUAUGCUGAUUUAUUCAAGUUGCAAGAAACUCGGGAAAGCAUUAUGCCUCAAUGGAGGAGUCUGAGUCCAAGUCCGAGUCCGAGUUCGUCUGCUUCUGACAUCGACGAUGAGGCCGAUUUUGCUGCCGAGUUGAGUCGGCAAAUGGCCGAGUGCAUGCUUCAAGAAGAAGAGGCCGAAGUUCAUACUACUAAGUUGAAGGAUCAAUCGGGAGUUGGGGAUCAUAUUGGUGUUUCGAGAGGAAGAAGAGUUAAGGGAGCUGAGUUGACACGAAAACCCGAGCUAAAUUAUGGUCGAUACCGAGACGGCAGGUGGAGAAGUGGUUCGGGUACAAAGGGGCAUAGUGGUUCGGGCAUGCAGGCCAUCUUUCUUGGUGGACCCGGGUCGAGAAAUGCACCAUCUGGAACCGGUGUCUUCUUGCCUCGAGUGACUAACAACUCGGUUCACCAAAAUAAGAAAUCAGGUCUAUCAACGGUUCUGAUUCCUACGAGGGUUCUCGAAGCUCUCAAGCUUCACUUUGCGAGGUUUACAGACUCCACCACCCCACCAUCCACGUCUGCAUUUUCAUGUCACUCUUCACUUAGAGAUGAAAAGAUGAGAUCGGAAGGGCAGGGGAAUAAUCAUACAAAGUAUGAAGUGGAGCCACCAAACAAAAUUGAUGCGAUGCAAGUACUACCCCAAGAAUGGACAUAUUGAGAAGAUUGAUAUUUCAUCAAUUAUAUCAUUAUAUUUUAAUUUGAAGAAAAAUACAUUAGUUUGCAUAUAUUAUCCCAAAGAAUAUCUAAGCAGCCAACAAAUAUUAGCAAUGGCUCUUUGGGUCAGUUGUUUCAUCACAUGUAUAGUAGGAAUGCAAUCCCAAACUAAAAAUAAGAAUCAAGCAGUCAAUCAAAACUGCACCAUUAUUACUUCUU